CAGCAGAUCCAGUUUGCAGAUCAGAAGCGGGAGUUUAACAAACGUCCCACAAAGAUAGGUCGUCGCUCCUUAUCUCGUUCUAUAUCGCAGUCAUCAACAGAUAGCUACAGCUCUGCUGCUUCCUACACAGACAGCUCAGACGAUGAGACUUCACCGCGGGACAAGCAGCAGAAGAACUCCAAGGGCAGCAGUGACUUCUGUGUGAAGAACAUCAAGCAGGCUGAAUUUGGGCGGCGGGAGAUCGAAAUUGCAGAGCAAGAGAUGCCUGCGCUGAUGGCUUUACGCAAGAGAGCCCAAGGAGAAAAACCAUUGGCAGGAGCCAAGAUUGUUGGUUGUACUCACAUAACUGCACAGACUGCGGUUCUAAUUGAGACGUUGGGGGCACUUGGAGCACAGUGUAGGUGGGCUGCUUGUAAUAUUUACUCUACUCUUAAUGAAGUGGCUGCUGCUCUGGCUGAGAGUGGAGUUCCAGUUUUCUCCUGGAAGGGAGAAUCUGAAGAUGACUUUUGGUGGUGUAUUGAUCGCUGUGUGAAUGUGGAAGGCUGGCAACCUAACAUGAUACUGGAUGAUGGUGGGGAUUUGACACACUGGAUAUACAAGAAGUAUCCUAACAUGUUUAAGAAGAUUAAGGGCAUCGUUGAAGAAAGUGUAACUGGUGUACAUCGCUUGUACCAGUUGUCUAAAGCCGGAAAACUGUGUGUCCCUGCAAUGAAUGUCAAUGACUCUGUUACCAAACAGAAGUUUGACAAUUUGUACUGCUGUCGAGAGUCCAUCUUAGAUGGUCUUAAACGGACAACAGACAUGAUGUUUGGAGGGAAGCAGGUGGUGGUGUGUGGCUAUGGCGAGGUGGGUAAGGGAUGUUGUGCAGCCCUUAAGGCCAUGGGCUCCAUUGUCUAUGUGACAGAAAUUGAUCCCAUCUGUGCUCUUCAAGCCUGUAUGGAUGGCUUCAGGCUUGUGAAGCUGAAUGAGGUCAUCAGACAGGUGGACAUUGUCAUCACUUGCACAGGCAACAAGAAUGUGGUGACCAGAGAGCACCUAGAUCGUAUGAAGAAUGGCUGCAUUGUCUGCAAUAUGGGACAUUCCAACACUGAAAUAGAUGUGGCAAGCCUGCGCACUCCGGAGUUGACGUGGGAGCGAGUUAGGUCUCAGGUUGAUCAUGUUAUCUGGCCUGAUGGCAAAAGGAUUGUUCUUUUGGCAGAGGGGCGUCUCCUGAACCUGAGCUGUUCCACUGUCCCAACAUUUGUUCUGUCUAUUACUGCGACCACACAAGCACUUGCUCUGAUUGAACUCUAUAAUGCUCCUGAGGGUCGCUAUAAACAGGAUGUCUACCUGUUGCCUAAAAAGAUGGACGAAUAUGUGGCCAGCCUUCAUCUUCCCACUUUUGAUGCCCACCUUACUGAGCUAUCAGAUGAGCAGGCCAAGUACCUGGGUCUGAACAAGAAUGGACCUUUUAAACCAAAUUACUACAGGUAU